CUGUGUCUCUCUUCGGGAUCACACUACCCACAUGGCUGAUAAAUGGAAGUAGAGAGGCUGUGUACUGAGUUGUUAGAGGUGGAUACACAGCUUGCUUCCCUACAAACAGAGCUAGAUAUUCUAUUUCAAAGACAAGAAGAGCUACAAGAGAGGAAGAGCCUACUGAGUGCCCAGCUAGAGUCAAUACAGGCAGUGAAACAGCAAGAGGAAGACACUCAAUCUCAGAGGGCAGACUGGGAGGAUGGAGUAUUCCCAUGGACGGACAAACUUCAAGCUACUCUGAAUUCUAUCUUCAAGCUCGAUUCGUUUCGUCAUCUUCAGCUGUCAUCCGUUAAUGCCACUCUCUCAAAAAGAGAUAGUAUCCUAAUAAUGCCAACUGGUGGUGGAAAGAGCCUCUGCUAUCAGCUACCCACCUGUAUGAACAGUGGACUCACUCUUGUCGUCUCUCCUCUAAUCUCCCUCAUGCAGGAUCAGCUACUGGCUGUGCAGUCUCUCCAGAUCGAAUCAAACAUGCUGAACGCUUCUACACCCAGAGACGAGGUCACUCGUAUUCAUCGAGCAAUAUCUGUUAAAGGCUCUACUCUUAAAUUACUAUACGUCACUCCAGAGAGGAUUGCAAAAAGCAAACGAAUCAUGUCAUCACUCGAGAAAGCAUACAAACUGAAGCAGCUGUCUCUCAUUGUCAUUGACGAAGUGCAUUGUGCCAGUCAGUGGGGCCAUGACUUCAGACCAGACUACAAGAAACUAGGUGUUCUAAAAACUCAAUUUCCUGAUUGUCCUAUACUCGGCCUCACUGCCACGGCAACCUCAAAGGUACUAGUGGAUGUGAAGGAGAUGUUAUCGCUCCCACGGUGCCUGAUUUUUAGAGCCUCCUACAACCGGUCCAACCUGUUUUAUGAUGUGAGAUCAAAGUCCAACUCGCACAAGGCUCAGGUUGAGGAGAUGGCUCAGUUGAUAAAAACCAAGUACAAAAAUGCUUCCGGAAUCGUGUACUGUUUCUCUCGGAAGGAUUGUGAGGAGGUCACUUCUGAUCUGACAAGAUUGGGAGUUAAGGCUGGAUGCUAUCACGCUGACAGAACAGGCCAGGAGCGAACCAGAGUCCACAUGAACUGGCUCAAGGGAUCUAUUAAGGUUAUUGUGGCUACCAUAGCGUUUGGAAUGGGCAUAGACAAGCCUGAUGUUCGCUUUGUCAUCCACCACAGCCUCAGCAAGUCAAUGGAGAACUACUACCAGGAGAGUGGGCGUGGUGGGAGGGACGGUGCCCCAGCCGACUGUGUCCUAUUCUUCAGAGCAGCUGACGUCUUCAGACAGAGCACCAUGGUGUUCACAGAGCACACUGGAUUGCAAAACUUCUACACAAUGAUUCGAUAUUGCCUUAACGUGACAAACUGUCGACGCUCGUUAAUUGCUCGUAGCUUUGGAGAGAAAUGGUGUGAGACUGAUUGUCAAGCCGCCUGUGACGUGUGUGUAUGGAAGAAACAAGAUGGUCCCUCAGCCAGCAAACAAUCAGAGGCUACAGCGUCCAAGCAAGAUGUCACCAAACAUUGUCAAGCACUGAUUGAACUUAUUGAGCAUGCCCAGACACAAGAUAAGAGGCUCACUUCACAGAUGCUGAUGGAGAGUUGGCGAGGACAGGGAUCUCACAAACUGGCACACAUUUCAGCCUCAAAGAUGUCUAUUACAGAGUGUGAAGCUCUGCUAUUACACUCUAUGCUGGAAGGAGUUCUAAAAGAGGACUUUCAUUUCACACCCUAUAACACCAUUUGCUAUAUCGGACUGGGGCGAAAGGCAGGGCUAGUCAAGAAGGGAGUUGCUCGAAUCACGCAAGCUGUCAGGUCAUCUGUGAAGUUGUCCUCAUCUCAAAGUGGUUCAAGCUGUAAACCAGACAAAGUAUUGAGCAGGGUGACAAAGCAAACUAUAAAGAGGAAGCUACCAUCAAUGUAUUUAAGCUCGUCAGACGAUGAUGAUUUCAUGCAAGCACAAGGUCGUGCUAAGAAGUGUUGUAGUACUAACACUUCUUGUGAUGUCAUUGAAAUAGACUCCUGAUGUUUAGCAUUUGAUUCAUGAAUGCUACACAAUGUGAUGCUGUAUGAAUGUUGUUGUUUAUAAUUAUGCUGAGUUUCAUUACUGUUGAAA